AUGGAUUUUUCUAACUCUGAAAUUGAUGCUCAGCUCUUAGAGCAGUUCAGAUGUCUGGGAACGGAUGAUCGUGAUGAAUUAGUUAAGAAUUUUAACCACGUUGUUGGCGAAAAUGUUUCGUCAGGCAUUUGUCACUUCUUCUUGGAUCUAGCAAACUGGAAUCUGCAAAAGGCCAUCGGUGCAUAUUUCGAUUUUAAUUUUGACGUAAACACUGAUACUUCCCACUCUUCGGCCCCCUCGUUUCGCAUUCAGCCGCUCUUAUUUGAUACAUCUCCGCUGAUUUGGUGUGUGCAAAAUUCUGGUACUGCUUCAUGGCCUGAAGGAACUUAUCUCACUGUUGAGACUGCCCCUGAUUUAGCAACCAUACCCCUCUGUGAUAAAUCAGUUGUGUGGCUACCUCUGCCAUCUGGUUACCGAAAACCGGUAUCUGAGCUUUCUCCUGGUAGUUAUGCACAUCUUGUUGUUGAUGUACAACCCCCGCCUGAAGAUAUAUGUUCGAGAGCUUUAUCCACAAACACUCCAGUAAUCGGUGCUUUAAAACUCUGUCUGCCUAGUGGGGCUCGUUUUGGAGGUAAGUCUUUUGUUAAAGCUAAGCCACUUGUCGAACCUCGUCGUCGAGUAAAGUGCUCUUGCUACCGAAGCGUUCGUGCCCUCAUUUAUCCUUGA